UUUGUACUGAAGGGCUCAUGAAUAGGCUGAAUCUUUCAGGAAGGAAAACUGGCAUUCUUUUGCGGACAAUGGGUCAGGAGAAAAUGUUUGCAAAGAUCACAGAGGGAAUCAUGACGUCACACGGCUGUUUUCUCUGCCUGUUGCUUUUUAGUGUAAUCCUGAUCGAGCCAUCAGAAGCAGGUUGUAUGGACCACUUCACAAAAGAAGACUGGAAUACAACUACACUACACAGGCUGCCAGAGAAUAUUACCGUCAAAAUAAUGAACAAGUCUGAGGACAUCAUUGUAUGUAGUUUAACGGAAGCCAAAGACUGUGAUAACAAAAAAGAAGAAACCUGCUUUCUACGGGACUGUUUUAAGGACGAGAAUAACAUGGACUAUAAACCGCCAUGUAACGAGACGGAUGAGAACAUCAGUGUCCCUUUCUACCACUUCAUGUGCUUGACAAAUAUAGCCAAGGGUCUACGAGACAAAACAAAUGGAGGAUCACAAAAACCCACUGCAGAAGACAUCUGUAAAGUGUACGAAAAAGUGUGUAAGCGAGAUUCUCCCAACCCAGCAGCAAAAACGACAACACCAACAGCCUGUACUGCUACAACAACAACCACACAAGCAACAACAAAUAAGACGACAGCGACACCUUCUGCAACUGCAACCACAGAAGCAACAACAAAUAAGACGACAGCGACACCUUCUGCAACUGCAACCACAGAAGCAACAACAAAUAAGACGACAGCGACACCUUCUGCAACAGCAACCACAGAAGCAACAACAAAUAAGACGACAGCGACACCUUCUGCAACAACAACCACAGAAGCAACAACAAAUAAGACGACAGCGACACCUUCUGCAACAACAACCACAGAAGCAACAACAAAUAAGACGACAGCGACACCUUCUGCAACAACAACCACAGAAGCAACAACAAAUAAGACGACAGCGACACCUUCUGCAACUGCAACCACAGAAGCAACAACAAAUAAGACGACAGCGACACCUUCUGCAACUGCAACCACAGAAGCAACAACAAAUAAGACGACAGCGACACCUUCUGCAACUGCAACCACAGAAGCAACAACAAAUAAGACGACAGCGACACCUUCUGCAACUGCAACCACAGAAGCAACAACAAAUAAGACGACAGCGACACCUUCUGCAACUGCAACCACAGAAGCAACAACAAAUAAGACGACAGCGACACCUUCUGCAACAACAACCACAGAAGCAACAACAAAUAAGACGACAGCGACACCUUCUGCAACAGCAACCACAGAAGCAACAACAAAAAACCCACAAGUCUCAACAACAGCAGUUUCAACAAUAACAACUCCAUCAUCCCCGUUGAAUUUGCAACAGAAGGAUGAAACAUUGCAGGGCGAAAGUGCUGGAAAAAAAGCGCGCAUCCUACACAUUAUAAUAGGUGUCCUUACCUUCACCAACUUCCUUUGGGCGGUGGCUUUUUACAUGUACACGCAGAGGCUUCAAAGGAGUAAUGAGAUUCCAAACUUGAAAGAAGAAGAGGCGAUGACAGUGCGUAACACAUUUCGCAGCGACAUUGGAGAGGGUUCCAUUUUAUUAAUGACACCUGAAAGUUCCAUCAUCAUAAAUUCACCUGAAACCACCAUAAUUGAAAGCCCUUGCCCACACAGAACACAUCUUUAGAAGUUCCGGACUGAUGAGAAAAUCUUUUCUAAAUUUGGCCAUCGCAGAAUCUGGGUACGAGGAUCUGCUCUAUACAGCUUGUUAACACUCCAGAUGAAGAAAAGGUGGUCUGUGAAUGACUCUGAGCUCGAAAGGAGGAUAAACUUGUGAAGAAUGUGAAGAAGAGUGAGACCGAACAAGCCGCAGCAUGCCUAUUCAUGUACCUGCUCUGCAGUCGCAAAUCAAGGUUUUGUGGAUUACCCCAGCUCCACGUCCAAGCAAUAAACUGUCCACCUCAUGUAAAAUGUUUUACUGCUGUACUGGUUUUAAGUGACCAAGUUCUUGCCAGAAGAACUACACCGGGCUUGUUACAUUAGGAAUAUUGGUGCCGAUGAGGGAGUCUGCCGGCAUCUAAUCCAGCCCAGUCACAUGGUUUAUUAAUUAAACUCCCGGAGAGCAGCCAUUUGGCUUUUCUACCUUUAAA